AACGAUAUUUAAAUUGAUUUCAAAUCCAUAUAUGUGACCCUCGUCACGAAAAAAAAUAAUCUCAUUAAUUAUUAUUUAUUUAUUGAAGAAAAUCGAUAUGCGAAGUAGCGCUCUAGUUUUGUUUGUUUGUGCUGGCUUACUACUUAGUGGAGGCGCGAUCCUCGGUGUAUCGACGUCAUGGAACCUCUUCCGCAUGUCCUACUACUUCUGGACCACAGACCUUGGUGUGGAGCUCGGCGCUAGCAUACUCUUCAUUGCUGGAGCGCUCCUCUGCUUGCCGGCUUGUUGGCUUGCCACCCUAGUGCCGUAUUACCCUAAAUCUAUUUCAAUCUUGUCUACAUUAAUGGUGCUGGUAACUGCGGCGAUGGUGCUGCUGUCCACUGGCUUGACUUCCAUUACGGCCUUGUCGAAAGCUACACGGGACCCAUUGAUGUUAAAGACGAGCAUGUUACGCGCUUUGUCGGUCGAAUCGCAAGAUCUCGCUGUCAAAAAUGCUUUCGCUGCUAUGCAAAUUGAGCUGAAAUGCUGCGGUGUUAAUUCUUAUUCUGACUGGAGCAUGUAUCGUCGUGGUCUGCCUCCCGCCUGCUGUGGUCGUGUUAUGAAUGUGAAGUCUGGUGACCGUUGCGAAUUACCGUUGUACAACGUGGGCUGCCUUCGUCCUGCUGUAAAUGAACUGCGCUUGUUCGUCAACUCGCUCUCUGUGCUUGCGUGUUCUAUUAUUACUGUUAUGGCUGUGACUCUAUUCGCUACGGCUUAUACUCUGGUGACGGGCGUAGCGGAUCGAACCAAAACCCUACAGCCGCUACGAGUUGCUUGCUUCGCUAACACAUUCAUGCCCUCUAACUUAACCCCUCAAGCUAAUAAUCCACAACAUAAUGCUCAACCCAAUAAUUUUGGAAUAACCCACAUUAGUCCACCUAAUCUUUACCCGUCUCUUUUGCCCCCGGCUAACACAGUGUAAACCUUUUUCUCUUUAAAUACGCUGUAUGCUCUAUGGGACUUUAGCUUUAAUUUAUUUCAUGAAUAGGUACUUAAUGACUCAUUUGAUUGGAAAAUUGUAUAAAGGAAAUGUUAUUUUCAAAUUGUAAUACGGAAUUAUAAAAUUAAAAUGUA